UGGGGCCCCUGGGCAAUAGGGGAUCAUGGGGCCCCUGUGUCCUUGCCCAAACUCAAAAAAGCCUAUGAAAAAGUAGUAAUAGUACACUACACUAUACAACUCUCUCUCCUUAAAAGUAUUGUCAGCUGUCCAUCACUUAGCUCCAAGCACACUGACAAAGGGUGUGUGUCAGGGGCGGACUGACAACUCAUGGGGCCCCCGGGCAAUAGGGGAUUUAUGGGGCCCCUGUGUCCUUGCCCAAACUCAAAAAAGCCUAUGAAAAAGGAACCAGGGGCAUCUCAUGGGGUCCCCUACUGACCCCGGGCCCUCGGGCAGUGCCCGAGUUUCCAAAUGGUCAGUCCUUCCCUG